AUGAUCACUUCUGAAACUCCUCGUCAAAAUACACCAUCUCCAACAGAAAGUCGAGCCAAUUAUGGGUUUGCCUUAUACUUGGCUUCUAAGACCGCAUUUGUUGUUUAUUUAGCAUGGGCAUUUAUACCAAGUCAUUGGUUGGAAUAUAUUGGUCUAACAUACUUACCACAAAAGUACUGGGCAAUUACCAUACCUGUGUGGGUAUGUUGUGUCAUUGUAGUCAUUACUCUUUUAUACCCAGCUGUUAAUAUGCUGCUUGUUCCACCAAUGAAUGAUCCUCGUAUAUUAACAGAUUCAUAUGCUAGAGAAACAAUUAAUGAAGUCCGUCCUGGAGGUAUACCAACAGUGUCUGACCUUGAUCUUUCAGAAGUUUGUAAAACAUUAUAUUUAGAUUCUAAAAAUACAAAUUAA